UGCGUGGUAGAUAGUUGUUUAUUCUAUGGUGUGGUGUUGUGUAGCUCGCUGCAAGACGCCGCGUCUGUGCCUUCUUCCCACGCUUUCAGCGUAAUCCAUGUGAGCGGCGCUGUGAAUUCUGCCAAAAUGCGUUUAAGUGCCUAUGCACACGAACUGUCCGAGGAAUACAGAUCUCGCUACCUGCAAAAGCUGCGCUUGUGCGACGGCGUCGACACGCUUGAUCUCCGAGGUGAAGAAGUUCGGCGCGAUGCCGAUCUCUAGCCACGCGUCGACUUCACAUAAAAGACUGCCUUGUUCAUGCAACAAGUUUCGUAACAAGAGAGCAGUUCAAGGCAUACAAGGCAAUGGAGGCCCAUAAUUAUCUAACCAGCGGUUGGGUCCAGCAGCCGUGCCUGAAGGUGCUAUCUGACGGCCGCGUCGUCAUCGUUUGCCAGGUCCGGCAUUCCCAGUCAGUCAAUGACAAGCCGCUGACACCUUGGCUUGUCAUCAAGGAGGAUGGUGAAGUGCAAGCUGCGCACUGUACUUGCAAGGCAGGCCUCGGAGAAGCCUGCUCUCUCAUUGCAGCAGUUCGAGCGGAAAGACCGCACGGACCACAGGUAUGGACCAUACCUCAGGCAUUGUGGACAAGCCGGAACGACGCUGGCGCCCUCUGGGGGACCAGUCCCAAUGCAUACCUCCUAUAUUCAGAAAGGAAAGACUUAAACGAAGUUGGCUAA